AUGUCGGACCAGGGCAGCUCGCCGCGCCCGAGCCGCAGCCGCAGUCGAAGCCGCAGCAACAGCCGCAACCGCUCGCCGUCUCCGCGCGCGCAGGACGAGCACAAGCCGCGCGAGCAGCAGCAGGAGCAGGAGCAGGAGGACAAGAAGGACGACGAGGCGCCGCGUCGCAGCCGCUCGCAGUCGCCAGCGCCCGCGGGCAAGGCGGCCGCGCCCGUGGACGUGGCCAACCCGGGCAACAACCUGUACGUGGCCAACCUGGCCACGCGCGUGGGCGAGCGCGACCUGCAGGAGCUCUUCUCCAAGUUCGGUCGCGUCGACAAGUGCGAGGUCAUCGUGGACCCCGUUACGCGCGAGUCCAGGGGCUUUGGCUUCGUGACGUUCGAGGACGUGCGCGACGCGGAGGACGCGGUGAAGGAGAUGAACAAGUGCGUGGCGCUCGGCGUGCAGCCGGCUGUUGAAGAUUGA